AUGAAAUAUAUUUUGUUAUUGUUAGCUAUUGGAGUGUUCCAAGUAAGUGCUGUGAAUUGGGCAUUACUGGUUUCAGGCUCAAAUGCAUUCUACAACUAUCGACAUCAAGCUGAUGUAUGUCAUUCAUACAAAACAUUAAUAAGAAAUGGUUAUUCCCCAGAAAAUGUGAUUGUGUUUGCAUAUGAUGAUAUAGCAUAGAACAGAUAAAACAUAUACAAGGGGGCUAUCUAUAACUAACCAAAUAAAGAUGGAUUUUCAGAAAAUGUUUAUGAUGGUUGUGUUAUCGAUUACACUAAGACUGAUGUCAACCCAACAAAUUUUCUCAAUGUUUUGAAGGGAAAUUACGAUCACUUGCCUGAUGGUCAUAAAUUUAUCAAUUCUACUAGAGAAGACAACAUUUUUGUAUAUUUCUCAGAUCAUGGAUCUCCAGGUUUAAUUGCUUUUCCAACUUCUUAUCUCUAUGAAUAAGAAUUAAUAGAAACCUUCUAAUACAUGUAUGAGAAUGACAGAUACAACAAACUUGUAUUCUAUUUGGAAACUUGUGAAUCUGGAUCCAUGUUUGUGAAUCUACCAACAAAUCAUAGAAUUUAUGCAUUAUCUGCAGCCAAUCCAUAUGAAUCAUCUUGGGGAACAUAUUGCCCACCAGAUGAUAUUGUCAAUGGAAAGAGUUUGGGAACUUGUCUAGGGGAUGAAUUUUCAGUCACUUUCUUAGAAAACGUUGAUCUUGGUGAUUUUUCAUAGUCUCUCUAAGAACAUUUUGAAUUUAUCAGAGAUCACACAUUGAAAUCAAAUGUUAUGUAAUGGGGUGAUGUCUCAUUUGCAAGUGAUACAAUAAAAGAGUUCUUUUGGGGACGUAGAUUCUAAGAGAAAAGAAAGAUGUGUCCUAAAGAUGCCUUUUUCAUGAAUGAAGAGGUAUUAAAUAAUAUGAUACAAUAUAGAAUGUUUCCAAAUGGGAUUCAAGAGACAACAAAUUGUUAUUCUAUUAAAACAGAUACAAUCAAACAGGUGAUUUGGAGGACUUCAUUGAAUUGGAAAAAGAGAUCAAAUCCAGAGCAUACUUUGACACUAUUGUAAAUAUAGUUCAUUUAUUUAGUUUGGCGAAUUGCAAUAAUCAUUGAAAUUGACUGGAGAUUAUCAUUUUGCCUUAAACCAGAAUUGCCUCAAGUCAGUCAUUGAAACAUUUGAAGACAAAUGCACCAAAUUGACUGAUUAUGGACUUAAAUAUGUUAAAUUAUUUGGAGAGAUGUGUGACAGCACAAACUUACUUCAAAUUUAAUUAAAUAUGAUAGUAUCCACUUUAUGUAUGACAGAAUGAUUUAUCUAAAAUAUUUGCAUUUAAUUAUAAAAAUUAAAG